CUGUGGGCGGGCUCCAGGCUGGAGUUGAGGUGAAGCUGUUGCGCCUUGCCCACAAGCGUGGCGCGCGAAGUGGGGUGGGGGGCGUCCCACGGGGGCGCCCGGAGUUAAGAUGGCGACGGCAGCUGAUCAGGACGUAGAGACGACAGCCCAGCUAGUGGUCGGGGUCCUGCGUGCUGGGGUCGAGGCACAGUGGCUCGGGAAGUUGUCGGCGUACCUUGGUGCCUCAGAGCAGGCGUUGCGGCUCAUCAUCUCCAUCUUCUUAGGAUACCCCUUUGCCUUGUUUUAUCGACAAUUCCUUUUCUACAAGGAUUGCUACCUCAUCCAUCUCUUCCACAUUGUUACAGGCCUCUCAAUUGCCUAUUUUAACUUCGGAAACCAGCUCUACCACUCUCUGACAUGUGUGGUGCUACAGUUCCUCAUUCUUCGGCUGAUGGGCCGCACUAUAACUGCUGUCUUGACCACCUUCUUCUUGCAGAUGGUCUACCUUCUUGCUGGUUACUAUUACACAGCCACAGACAAUUAUGACAUCAAGUGGACAAUGCCACAUUGCGUCUUGACCUUGAAAUUGAUCGGUCUGGCUGUUGACUACUAUGAUGGAGGGAGAGAUUGGAAUUCGUUGUCUGUUGAGCAGCAAAAAUAUGCCAUUUUGAGAGUCCCUUCCUUGCUGGAAAUUGCUGGUUUCUCCUACUUUUAUGGGGGCUUUUUGGUGGGACCCCAGUUCUCCAUGAACAAUUACAUGAAGCUGGUGCAAGGACAGAUGACUAAUGUACCAGGGAAGAAACCCAACAGCAUACUACCUGCUCUCAAGCGUCUCAGUUUGGGCCUCUUCUACCUGGUGGGCUACACACUGCUCAGUCCUUACAUCACAGAAGACUAUCUGCUCACUCAGGAGUACGAAAACAGCCCAUUCUGGUUCCGAUGCCUCUACAUGCUAGUUUGGGGCAAGUUUGUGCUCUACAAGUAUGUCACCUGUUGGCUGGUCACGGAAGGUGUGUGCAUCCUGACCGGGCUGGGCUUCAAUGGCUGGGACGAGAAGGGACACCCCCUGUGGGACGCUUGUGCCAACAUGAAAGUGUGGCUGUUUGAGACCACACCGCGAUUCACCGGCACCAUCGCCUCUUUCAACAUCAACACCAAUGCCUGGGUGGCUCGCUACUUUUUCAAGAGACUCAAGUUCCUUGGGAACAAAGUGGUAUCCCAGGGCCUGUCCCUCCUUUUCUUGGCCCUGUGGCAUGGGCUGCAUUCCGGCUACCUGAUCUGCUUCCAGAUGGAAUUCCUCAUCGUUAUUGUGGAGAGACAGGUGGGACACAUACACUACACUGGAAAAGUGAGUAGCAGUGAGGGCCAGGUGUUGACUUUGCAUUCCUGUCUGUCUCUUCCAGGUUGCCACCUUAAUUACAGAGAGCCCAGUCUUGAACAAGCUGGCAUCCAUCACUGCCCUCAAGCCCAUCUUCUACCUAGUGCAGCAGACCAUUCACUGGCUUUUCAUGGGUUAUUCUAUGACUGCCUUUUGCCUUUUUACCUGGGACAAAUGGUUCAGAGUCUACAAGUCUAUCUACUUUCUUGGCCAUGUUUUCUUCCUGAGCCUCCUAUUCAUAUUGCCUUAUGUUCGCAAAAUAAUGGUGCCAAGAAAAGAAAAAUUAAAGAAAGCAGAGUAAUCUGCCUCCCUGAUGGCCUAAAAUGGGACUGGUACAGGAACUACUGCCUCCCUUUUCAUAGGACUCCUUUGCCCUGAGAACAUGCAGAAGACAAAACCAGGGACUGGGAAGGAAGGCAUGGCAGCUGCCAGCAGGUCUCUUCUGCCAGCUAAGGGGAAAGAAACCUUAGGGGAGUGUGGAGGGACCCAUUGCCUUAUCUCUCCCCUUCCAGCCGGGAAUCUUUUCUGCUGAUUUACUAUGAUUCUACACGUGCGGAUACCACAGGCACUUCCUGGUGAAAGGGAAGGGACACAGGUUCUACCUGCUUCAUUUUUCUACCUUGGAAUUGUACCAGAUAAAACCACUUCUGUUUGUUGUUCAGUUUUUCA